GCACGUCGCUAAGGGCUUGUCAGGCCCCCAUUUGAUUGAUUAGGGGUGAAAGAGACUGUAAUCUAAAUAGAAUGGAAUAGUAAGUCCCUAUAGACAAAAAACGCAACACAAUAACCCUUCGUAAACUCAGGGCAUAACGUCAUAUUAGUCAGCUGCUUAAGCUAGCCAAGAAGACUCUGGGGGUCAAAAUAUGAUUCAUAGUUGUUCAUUCUCGAGUCACUUCUCGUCUUGUCUUGAUCAUAUCAUCAGCACAAUGGAGGUUCUGCGCCUAUGCGAAAACUUAUACGAAACCCGUCUCGUUAUGGCUAGAUAUAGAUUAGUAUGCCGAAAGGCAGACUGUCAAUCGAUUUGUUUAUUUAAUUAUCUGUGUCACUCUCCUACGAUGGAAUUGACUUGAAUAUUCGUAUAAUAAUAACUAUUGCUAACAACGAUACUCUUAAUCACGAUACUCAAUCACGACAUACAAGGACUAAUAGCCAGCAUGGUGGACACAACGACGACGAACACAAGCGCUGUGUCGGACCAACCGCCCCUAACUAUUGCGAAACCCCCUUCCUUCUGUAGACUCUGUAACGCAGAAUUGAGUGACCAGCAAACGUGGAAAGCCCAUCUCAAAAGUGACGAGCAUGUCUACAAGCUUCGACUAAAGGUAGCAGAGCCCGGCAGCGUCACAUCCCCGCCGCCAGCUCCUUCAACAGACGCAGAUCAAACGAAAAGCACAGCGCCGUCGCACGCCCGAAGGAGAGAUGAACCUGAUGUUGGUGCCGACCAAGACCAAGAUGCCGCCAGCGACACGGAAGACGAAACAGGAGAUGAACUAGAAGACGAAUUAGAAGAGCCAUCGGCACCAGAUUUCGAUUCUGGCAGUUGUCUCUUCUGCGCGCAAGAGUCCAACGUAUUAGACGACAACAUGACACACAUGGCCGUUGCACAUGGCUUCAAUAUCCCGUUCCAAGAAUUCCUAGCCGUCGACCCCGAGACGGUUGUCGAAUACUUACACUUUAUCAUCUUCGGCUAUCGAGAAUGCAUAUGCUGCGGCACGCGGCGGAGUACCAUCGAGGGCGUUCAGCAACACAUGGUAGCCAAGGGCCAUUGCCGAUUUGACAUAUCCAUAGAGACCGAAGAAUUCUACGAAAUGCCCCAAUCUGAAAACGCCGUGAUCGAGCAGGCGCAACACGGCGGUAGCACGCCGGUACGCUUACCAUCGGGAAAGCUCAUCUCGCAUCGGAAGAAUCCCGACAACCAAGAUCCCCAAGCCAAGCCUCGGCCCGCUCGCCGAGAAACACCAGAUCGGCAACCAACUCGUCCUCUAGACUCGUUCACCUCACGCCCGGGGACCUCCUCGACUCCCAGCCUCGAAGUUGCCCAACGGGGAGGGAGCGGAAGCGGAAGCGGUGAAAUCGUGCGUAGUAGCGAGGCUAUACUUGCUGCGCAGCUGUCCAAGCUGAGAAUAGCGGGCGAUAGAAUACAGCACAAGGAAGAGAAACGGAAACGAUGGAGGCUGGAACGAGCGCAGAACAUCAUUUCGCUCAAGCGUUUUAAGCUAGAUAGUGCUGAUGGUCGGAUGGGUCGCCAAUUCUAGGGUGAAGCUAGUUUACGUGACGGGUACACAUGUAGGAAGGUUAGCUAUUGCCUUAUAUAAGGUGAUGAGGCCUACUUACUAUUGACUGGAUCUAUUUGAAUCCAAUUGAAUUAAUAGUAAAGUUAUACCGUCCUGAGUGAUAAAAUGGAAUAAGUUCGGAGUUAUAGUUAUAGGGGUAGUUAUGCACUUUGAAUGUAUAUCACAAUAAACGAA